AUGAAUAGACCAAAUGGGAUUAUUGUUGACGAAAGUGCUUUACUGAAUAAACCAGAUUUCGAAGUCAAACAAGUAAGGACGCCUGAUAAUAGGGAGAUUGGUUACACCACCGGGUAUGAUGUCAUGGAUGCAACAAAUCAACCUUCCACCGUGACAAAAAUUGUUGAUUGGAACCCCAUGGCUGUGUUACAUCUUAACUAUCGUUCUGCAGAUUGGCUGGCAAAAAUAUUUCCUUUAUCAUCAUUUAGUACUCAAAAAGAAAUGGAAUUCAGUAAUAACAUUGUCAAUAUGGAACAACCAACAAAGAUCAUGAAAAUUGAUAAAACCUAUGUUGAAAAAAAAAAGAAAUAUAAUAUAGUUUACGGAAUUCCAACAUCAUGUCAAAAAAUCAUAACCGAAAAGUUUGAAAAAAUCAAAAAAAUUGUAGAAGAAAAUGCGGAGAAAUCGAUAGCUAAUAAAGACAACGUUUCGCAACAAAAAAAUAAUUUGAAAAGAAAUCAUAAUAAAAUGAACAAUCAUGAGAAGGAAUCUAUGUAA